AUGGAGAAUUUUCAAAACAUUACUAAAAGUCAAGCUGCAACUUACCGAUUCUUUGUUCGUAAAACUUAAAUAAGAUAGGAAAAUGACUAAAACAAAGGAUUUCCAAUUUAUGGGCAUAAAAUGAAUAUUCAAUAAUAGCCAAGAUUAAAUUAUCCAAUUAAAUUUUAAAUUUCUAUUGAUAAACAAUAAAAAAUAAAAUCAAAUUCUGUAAAAAAUGAUUAAAGCUAGAUUUUAAAAAAGACAUAAAAUAGAUGUUAAAUUUAUGAAUAAUAUAUGAAUGAAAUUGUUAAAAAAAGAAGAAAUUUAAAAAUAAGUUUAGUUGAAUAACGUUCAUAUACGAAUCAACAUAAUAAAUAAGGUUUAACUCCUUUUCAAGAGUGUAACAUAAUAGUACCAAAAUAAUUAAUUUAAGAAAGAAAAUAAAAAAAAUAAAUUUUGUAAAAGCAAAUAAUAAUAGAACCAUCUAUAAUUGAAGAUCUAAAGCCAUGGGAAUCGGGUCAUAAUUCCAUAGCUUACUUUUAAUGA